AUGGAGCUACAAGCAGCAGUUCUGGGCAGCCGUUUAGUGUCGUUUGUUCAGGAGAAUCACAGCGUGAAGGUGAAGCAGCGUUUUCUGUGGAGUGAUUCCGCCACUGUGUUGGCCUGGUUACGCGCCGAUCAUCGUUGGUACACGCAGUACGUAGCAUGCCGAGUAGGGGAGAUAUUGACAACAACAGACCUCUCAGAAUGGCACUGGGUCCCCAGUAAGCUAAACCCUGCAGAUGCAGCAACAAAGUGGGGUAAGAAUCCGUGUCCGGAAGCAACCGACGAGUGGUUUAAAGGUCCUGAAUUUCUUCGGCUUGCCGAGGAGAAUUGGCCGAAGCAACCGAAACCUUCAAAGGUGCCUGAAGAGGAACUGAGACCCUGCUUUCUGAUCCAGGGGUCAACUAUUCCGGAGGUUGUGAUAGAAUUUUCUAGAUUCUCUAGAUGGAGACGAUUGCUAGGCGCAGUUGCAUACGUACACCGUUUCUUGGGCAAUUGUAGGCGUAGAUGUCGAGGAGAGACGCCGGAAUUGCUGCAUCUUAGUCAAGAGGAACUGAAGAAGGCGAAGAACACGCUUGUGUGGAUUGCGCAAUGGCAGGAGUAUCCAGAUGAGAUGAUUGCAGUUUUGAGAGGUCAAGCAGAAUUACCUAAAUCGAGCAGUUUGUAUCAGUUGAUACCAACAGUCGAUGAGUGUGGCGUGCUACGCGUCGGCGGAAGAAUUGGAGCUGCACCGCAUACAUCAUUCGAUGCUAGGUUCCCGGUGAUUCUCCCAAGAAAACAUCCGGUGACGACGCUAGUUGUAGAUGAUUUCCAUCGUACCUUUCGUCAUGGUAAUUCUGAAACGGUAGUGAACGAGAUUCGGCAGUUCUACAGCAUCUUCCAACUAAGGAGAGUGGUGAAGCAAGUUGCGACCGUCUGUCAGUGGUGCAAAGUUAAGAAGGCGACUCCGAAGGUUCCGCGAAUGGCGCCGCUGCCUUUGGCCCGCUUGUCCUCGUUUACUCGACCAUUCACCUACACUGGUAUUGAUUUUUUCGGACCGUUGCUGGUGAAAGUAGGAAGGAGCUCGGUUAAACGCUGGAUCUGUCUGUUCACCUGUCUAACCACCCGUGCUGUCCAUGUGGAAGUUGCACACAGUCUUUCCACACCGUCCUGUAUCAAAUGCAUACGUCGCUUCAUCUGUCGCCGAGGAGCGCCGGUGGAAAUCUACUCCGACAAUGGUACCAACUUCCAAGGUGCCGAACGACUGCUGCGGAAAGAACUCGAGAACGUACAUGGAGACUUAGCAGCAACGUUCACAAACGCAUCUACCAAAUGGGUCUUUAUCCCACCAGCUGCACCUCAUAUGGGAGGCGCGUGGGAGAGGCUGGUGCGAUCCAUAAAGUCAGCCAUGGAAGCAGCCUACAACAACGACCGGAAACUGGACGACGAAGGGCUGGUGACGCUAGCCGUGGAAGCCGAGGGUAUUGUGAACAGCCGGCCACUUACCUACCUACCCCUAGAUGCUGCUGAAGUAGAAGCCCUGACUCCUAACCAUUUCCUGUUGGGAAGUUCCACUGGUGUUCGUCAGCCUGCAGUACCGUUCAGUGAUCCUGUCUCUGCCGUAAAGAAUUCUUGGAACCAAAUACAACGUCAGCUGGACGUCUUCUGGAAGCGCUGGAUACGGGAAUAUCUUCCGAUGCUGACUAAGCGAAUGAAGUGGUUCGGAGAAGUGAAACCAGUGGCUGUCGGAGAUUUGGUCCUCAUAGCAGACGAAGUCCGUAGGAAUGGCUGGACGCGCGGGAAAAUCAAAGAUGUCGUGAUAGCGGAAGACGGACGAGUUCGACAAGCGAUAGUUCAGACUGCGAGGGGGAUAUUGCGUAGACCGGUAUCGAAGUUAGCCGUGUUGGAGGUUGAGUUGGGUGGUAAAACUGGGACCAGUGGCCAGUGUUACGGGGGGGAGAAUGUUACUGCCAACACUGCUCUUGGUGGUGUAACUGUUGCUGAACAGUGCUGUCAUACGGUUGAAACGUCAUCCGUGGAUGAUGACGUGACCCGACGGCGGGAGGAGAGCUGUCAUUCUCAAAAAAGCGCUGAGUAA